AUGUUAUUAAAGCAUACCGUAUAUAUUAUCACUGGCGCUAAUCGUGGCUUUGGUAGAGCAAUUGCAGAAACUAUUGCCUCCAAAGUGAAUCAAGAAAAGACCAGCUUCAUCUUGGUGGGCCGAGAUCAAUCACAACUUGAAAGCGUCAAGUUGGAUAAUAGCAAGUACAUCAGCUGUCAUUACGUUGCCCACGCUGAUUUCAAAGGAGCAAAGCAAGCCCAAGUGUCCGUCAUUGAAAAGAUCAGUAAUAUGAUCAAGGCAUGGCAAGAGAAUGAUAUAGCGCCAAUUACAAAAGCCGUUCUUAUCAACAAUGCAGGAUCAACAGGUGAUUUAAGCAAGAAGGUUGGGGAUUACGAUGCCUCUGAAAUUCAAGACUAUGUGGAUUUGAACAUUACAUCCUAUAUAUCUAUGGUAACUGGGUUCAUCAAAUUGUUCAAUAACGGUCUCAUCAACAUCUCCAUUGUCAACAUUUCGUCAUUGCUUGCCGUUGAAGCAUUCCCCAACUGGGCAUUGUAUGCAACUGGUAAAUCUGCUAGAGAUAUGCUUUUGAAGGUGGUGACAAAAGAAGAGCCAUCCAUUCGCACUCUAUCCUACGCACCAGGACCAUUGAAUAAUGAGAUGCAACAGCAUGUUCGAGAGACGCUUGGAGAUCAAGAGCAAAAGCAGCUGUAUACCAAGAUGGCAGAUGAGGGUAAUUUGGUUGAUAUGAAGGACUCUGCAUCCAGAUUGUACCAAUUAUUAGCACAAGACAAGUUUGAAAGUGGCAGCCAUAUCGAUUUUUAUGAUUUGGAAUAA